GUUGUGUCUUUGACUGUGAAGGCAGCGCUGACCCGGAAGUUGACUUCAAUUCUCCCAGCAACAACACAAAAUUAUUAGCAGUUAGCACGCAGCUUUCUGCCGUUUUUCCAAGGCCAAUCUUUUUCUUCACGCAAACAAAAUGGCUGAAGUGGAGGAAACUCUAAAGAGGAUCCAGAGUCAGAAGGGUGUUCAGGGGGUCAUCAUUGUCAACUCAGAGGGAAUCCCCAUCAAAACAACUCUCGACAACUCCAGCACAGUGCAAUACGCCGGACUGAUCCACCAGCUGGUGAUGAAGGCCAGGAGCACAGUGCGAGACAUCGACCCCCAGAACGACCUCACCUUCCUGCGAGUCCGCUCCAAGAAGAACGAGAUCAUGAUUGCUCCAGAUAAGGACUAUUUCUUGAUCGUCAUUCAGAAUCCAUCCGAUUGAUUCGGAGGAGCUCUGAUGUUU